AUGGUCUACUGUUGCGUGCCCAUCUGCAAGUCUGACGGGAACAAGGUUCGAGAUGAAAAAGUUUCGUUUCACGAGUUCCCGUCGUCCGGGCUUCGUGACGCGUGGAUUAAGGCUAUUUCAAGGUGUGGCCGCAACAACGAGCUGUGGCGACCAAACGACCGAUCCCAGGUGUGCUCGCGGCACUUUAUGCCCGAGGACUACAAGGAAGGGCUGAAGAUAAGAAAGCUCAAGCCAACAGCCGUGCCUUCAGUUUUUCCACAGUACCCAAGCUACAAGCAGCCCUGCCCAAAGAAACCACGAAAAGCCCCAAAACAAAGGGCAGAGAAUACUGGGGGACCAGCAGAACGGCAAAAGCGCUCCUCAGGUGCCCCCAAGAGACAGCCUCUCCAAGAAGCAGAUGAAAACAGGGACCCCACUUUCCAUCGGCUGCCCCUGACAGAGGUGGAGUGUGACCCAGCAGAAGGGAACUGUACUGGUGAAAUCAGUAAUCCAGCACUAGCGGCAGUGUAG